AUGACCCAUGGGCAAAUAACCCUCGGCGGGUUGACAGGUUGGUCACGCAACCGGUCAGCACGUUGGGAUCCUGACCACAGAGUCAUCCCAACGGUGCGAGGAGAGUCAAACCCGCGACAAGUUGACCGCGCCCUCGGUCAAAGCGUAGACGUCGGGUUGAUAGCCCGGAGCAGCUUAAACUGCUCUGGUGGUGUAGCUGGAAAUUCUUCCGGGACUGGUGCACGAUAUCUAAGCGCCCUCAUAUCCAUCCCCGAGAUCAAAAGGCUCAUCGUCGAACAAACUGCCCUUGUGACAGAGAACAGAGAGUGGGAGGGUCAUAAAUUCUUCAAACUUGCCUUGGUAGAUCGAAGCUUUUAUGAGCUUUGUAGUCCGUUCAAUUGGAAGGAGCUCAACCUGCGCUUCUGUGGGAGACCAGUGCUUGAAGAUCUGAUCCAUGAUAUACUGCCUCGUCAAGCAAAACAUGUGCAAUCAAUCGUUAUGGGACUCCAUCCCGACGAUGUUCCAGACCAGAAAAAUGCCGCGUGCAAUUCAGAAACAAUCGAUGACUCGAGCGACUCAAAAGCAAUUGACAGUGAUGAAGAAUUCCCUGAAGAAGAAUUAGUUUACAUCUUGGAAACUUGCACUAACUUGACCAAGUUGGAGAUAUGCUUUGAACCGACCUCACUGGAUGAGUUCGGAAACUUUAUCAUUGAUCAUUUGCGCCCGAUAACAAUGAUCACGCCCUUGAUAUCUCAGCUUUCCAGUUUAACCCACAUCCACCUAGACAACUACAGUUACCAGCCAAGAAUUCUCUUCAGCGAGGAGUUUUUGGUCAAAUUACUUGAAAAAAUGGUGCAUCUGGUUUACAUUCGAGUGAAUUAUAUUGAGGCCUCCGUUCCAAUUUGCGAUUUCUGCGAGUGUUCACAAUCCAUCCAACCCUCUGUGUCGCCACUUGGUGUUCAUUUGGCUUCACUACCAUCACUUAAAGCCAUCGUAUUCGCUUAUGCCGAUUGUUUUACUUCGGACUGGAGCAAACUCGAAUGGAAAGGGGCGCUUGAAGAACUAACACUGCAUUAUUGCUUCAAGGUUUCUUUACGCGCCUUGCAUGCCUUUUGCAGUCUCCUAAAGAAUAGCCUGGUUAAGCUUUCCCUUUACUACGCUCCGGUCAGCUUCCCAGACGAGGGUUUAUCCCACGUCCUACCUGAAUCGGAGCGAAAACUCCUAUUUCGUCUUCCACAGCUGCAGAGGCUAUAUAUCUUCAACGAUUAUUCAGUCGAAUUUCUCAAUUUAUUCCGAGAGUCUUCCAACAUCAAACACAUCAGUCUGAAAAAUAAUGUCGAAAUUCGCCUGGAAGAUCUCAAAAACCUGAUGAACCACCGGGAUCCGGUUUGGAGACAAUUGAAAUCAUUCGUGUUGUGCGACGACAGGGGAUAUGACGAACAUGAAUGGCCCACGCCGGAGGAAGUUUCCGAUUUGAUAGCUCAUGGUGCCAAAGCCAGUGUCAAGGUUGAACACGGCUUUGUGUUGGACGACGGUAAACGAUGGUGGCUCAAUGACGGGGAAGACCAAUGGAGAUUUGAGGAGGAGAUAGAGGAAAGCGAAAACAGUACAUGA